UUACACCAUGUGUCACAAGGAUACAGGCAAGAGCGAAUAAACUCUAUCUAUUAUCCAGGUAUCGGAAUGGGGCAAGUCCUCAUUAACGUGCUCUACAGCGCUUUCUAUUCUGCUCUGCUUGCCUGGAUUUGCUACUACUUCUACUACUCAUUCUCUCCAAAUAUACCCUGGACUCAUUGUGACAAUCCAUGGAACUCGCAGUCGUGUAUAUCUAACAACAUCAACGUCGACGAUGAUUCAGUUGCCGUAAACAAUGCAACAAGGGUCAUUCACAACUCUUCUGUCUCUGCUAAUGAGACAAUGCAUUUGAAAGGGAUGACGUCGGCUGAAGAAUUCUGGAAAUUCCGGGUUUUGGAGAUUACUGACGGUCUGGAACAUCUCGGUCACAUACGGUGGCCUAUAUGUGGGUGUCUGGUUAUCAUGUAUGUCCUGGUGUUCUUAUUACUGUCUCAAGGGAUCAAGGUUUCUGGAAAGGUGGUGUAUGUCACAGUGGGUAUUCCUUACAUUCUCAUCACAAUUCUCCUCAUCAAAGGCUGUCUACUUCCGGGCUCAGCUGAUGGGAUAUACUUCUUCAUUUACCCACACUUUGAGAGGCUGUUGGAACCUGAGGUGACGGUCAUGUUGAAGGAUGUAUUUGUAUGUGAAUUGAUCUGA